AUGAAUGCUAGUCGAUUCAUAACCAACUCGAUUUCCUAUGAAGCCCGGCAAGGAAUUCACAACGAAUUGUCGCGAAUUCAAGAAAACUAUGGCAAAGUAAAGUCAGAAAAGCAACACAAAAGUCAUUCACAUUCACCCGCCUUUGAUUCGGACGAAUCACCUCCGUCCGAUGAGAAAAUCUCGAGAUUCUGGGUGGCGGUUGAUAAAAGAUCAGGGAAUCGCGUGAUUGGGUUCUUGGCGUUGAAGGACGAGGAAAUAAGACGAAGAAAAGUCCUAGAACAUGAACCGCAAAUAAGAUACCUGUGUGUGGACACAAAUUACAUGAGACGGGGCGUGGCCACCUUGUUGAUAGAGCACGCCAUUAAAUUUGCCCACAAGAAGCAAGUGGCUAGGAUUGGUGUGACAAUAUCCACAUGGUAUGAACCGGCGAAAGAAUUAUUUUACCGAUUUGGAUUCGUGGAGAUUAUGCGUGAAGCAAUGACUCUGGGAUUCAACGAGAAGGUGAAGCUUUCUCUGGAUGUGGAAUCAUGGAAUAGAUACCGUAAAGCUCGAAAAUCGGCGUACCGCUAA